UACACAUGAUGGGACGGUAAUGGAUACAGACAGGCAAAGUUAGAAUUCACUAAGAUACAAUGACGUGGGCCAUCAAACUGCACAAAUCAUAAACUAGACCAAGGGUGGAUGCUUCACCGGUACCUCUGGCCAUCGGUAAAAAAAAGAUUUGAGCUAGAUGUGGUGUCACUUGCUCAAUGGUGGCAAGACCAGCUCCUGGAGAUGACUUUGCGCCCAUUAACUCUGGAACGAGCGAGCAGCCCCUGAUUCCCCAUUGUCCGUGGCCUCCCGAGCCGCCGAUCCCCAUGGCCUCCAGUGAGCUGCCGCCGUCGCGGAAGAAAUCCACUCCGACCACCAUAUGCGCCCUCGGCGACGACCUCCUGCGCGAGGUGUUGCUCCGCCUGCCCUCCCUCCCGACCCUCGUCCGCGCCGCGCUAACCUGCCCCGCUUUCCUCCACGCCGUCCGCUCGUCCCCCGCGUUCCGCCGCCGCUUCCGCGACCUCCACCCGGCCCCGCUCCUGGGCGUCUUCCUCGACAUCUACGGGCCCGCCAUGCCCGCCUUCGUGCCCGUCCGCCGCCGGUCCGACCCGGACCACGCCGCGGCCGUCCGCCGCGCCGACGUCUUCCUCACCCGGGUCCCCGAAGACGAAGAAGAAGGCGGAGGCGAAGACGAAUUGGAAGUCGGAUACGUCGACGGCCCCGGAUGGUUGAUGACGGAGUGCCGCGAUGGGUACGUGCUUCUCUGCCACCUGCUCACCAAGCGGGCGGCCGUCUACGACCCCCUCACGCGGGGCCUGCAUCUUCUCUCACCGCCGCACGCAGAGAUCUGCGCAGAAGACCCCGAAGUGGCCGAGGUUGAGUUCCACGUCCUCACCUCCCAAGAGGACCGCCGGUCGCUCCGCUUGCUCUGCAUCUGCAAGGAAAGGAGAGCAGCCAAGGUCGCUCUCUUCUCCGCGGACAGCAGGGAGUGGCAGAUCUCCCCAGAAGCGGGGAGCCUGCAGCUGACGGCAAGAGGCAAUGGUACGCUUGUCAACGGGUGUGUCUACUGGGCAUCUGCAGACAAUAUCCAUGUGCUCAACACCGCGACACUGCACUUCUCCCGGAUGGAUCCGCCGCCGCAUAUGCAACACAGCUACUACAAGGGUGUCAAGGUCGGCGAGACCAGUGAUGGAAAGCUCUGUGUCGCCUGGGCAACUGAUCUACUGCUUAAGGUUUGGGUCUGGAGAGCCACCGCCGCCGGUGUCGACAAUUGGAUGCCGGACACAGACAAAUCGAUGCUGGAUGAGAUCCGUGAAUUGGAGGUGCCAUGUUUAGAUGAAGACCCUGUACUGGAGGUUAAGGCAAUCAUCGGUGGCAUCGUGUAUUUGUCUGCCUACGAGGCAUCGAGUCCCAGUGCUUGCUGGUUGCUAUCCUUCUGCACUGAAACAGAGAAGCUGAACAAGGUCUGCCCUAUCACCAACUCUGAUUUUUUCUAUCCCUAUUUGAUGGCGUGGCCUCCUCUUCUGUAUGCAACAAGGUGAACUCUCUUGGCUAGAAGCCUAGAAGUGGCUUGACUAGUCAGAGGAGUAAAAAAACUAGAACUCAGGUAAUUUUAUCGGCACUACGGAUAUUACGUUUUGUUAUCUGACUGACGAUGAUAUCUUUGCUACGUGUAAGUCAAGAAUUCAAGAUGUCCAGGUCCAGUCCAGGUGUUGUUGGGAAUUGCAAGUUAUUAUUUCCGCUGGCUUGUUAUCAUUAUGAGCAAAUGAUGCCCGUGGUAUAAAAACUUGGCAGACACCAGUAGUUUAGUCCAUCAACUCCCAGUAUUAACGAUCGACACCCUAAACUUGGCAGGUUAGAGCAUAUAUGGUCCUAUGUGUUCCACGCCCAUUGCUUUGCUAGUGCAUAUAUGUUCCUGUAUUAUGUC